AGUUCAACCAGAGUCGUGGACUCGCGUCAACCUAUUCACAAUUUUCUCUCCAUCUUUCACUGAAAAAAGAAGGCUCUACUGAAAAGUUAAUUCACCAGUGAUUUAUCGAUCUUGUGAACAAUUUUUUUACAUUAUUUUUCUGUGCAUUAUUUUUUUGCAAAAGUGAUCAUCCAUUUCCUCAGACAAGUGUCCUUAAGAGGAAAUAUACAGACCCCUUUGGGAAAUCUUUUGAGGAAUUUUUUGGAUAAAAAUGAUGCCUUUUGGUGGAUAUAUCAGUUAAAAGAGAAAAGUGUGUGAUUUUUCUAGUUGUACUUCUGCCCAUCAAUAUUAAAGAGACAAAUCGUCAGUCGUGAUCAAAAGCAAAUAAAACCUGCCACAUCAUGGCGAGACAACUAGCAGAAGGAACACUGCUUAGUGUCCUUCUACUGGCCACGCUUACUUUGUGCCACAGUUCGACAUCAAAGGAAGACAAGCCCCGAUGGUCGCGACAGAUCCAAAAUCCCGGCUUUAUAUCCCCCUCACAACCAAGUGCAGGAAGCGACUGGGUACCUAUUUCUCAGAAUUGCCCAACGUGCCAACCCGUCCAAGAGGAGGCCAAAGAAAGGGCAGGGCGAGUACUUAAUUUUGCAGCUUCACAACCUGAGCAGCAACUUCAGUCAUCAGCCAUUCCGUCUGCUCCAUCUGCUCCUUCAGCACCUCAACAACCAAAUCAAUUCCUUUCUGGGCCUCCAAACUACUCCUCGAACGAUUUAACGCAUCAGCCACAACCACAGAUUCCCUUCUUGCCCACUGAGACCCUAGCUGGACAGAGAUUUGUUCUGCAACCAGGACAAAGUUUUCAUUUCCAUCAUCCACCACCUCCUAGACAAGCUUCUUAUCCUUACAAUCCUUUCAAUUUUCCACCCGGACCACCUCCUCCACCACCACCACCGCCUUCAACGAGUCAACAAACUAAGCCCUUAAUAUCCCAUGUCCCUCCUCAAUUUGUCAAUGAGCAAUUUUCACAAGGAGAGAAGCACAGACAGACAGCGACCCACUUCCAACAUCCCAAUAUUGCCAAACCUCCCAAACAUCAAACAGAUGAUGAGAUCCAACUCCUUUAUGUACCUCUGGAUACUUUCUAUCAGCAAAAGCAGCAGCCGCCAAGUUUCAUCACACACCACCGGUACAAUAUCUUACCACCCCCAGUAAAUCCGGCCCAUAUAAAUAACUUCUACACAGCGUCCCCGGCGACGUCAACAAGCACCAGCACAACCACAAGCACCCCACCCGCUCAGUCCAAGGGUAAAGGAAAACUGAAACCCCACCAACCACCCCUCGCUAUGUUUAUGCGUCAUGAACCGGGUGAAAACCCUAGCUCUGUUGACGAUGUCCUCAAAACCCUUAAGCACGCUAAGACGAUCGAUGUCCUCGAUUCACCCAUGAAGAAUGCACCAAAAAUCUUCAUUGGACCAUCGGGACUCAAGGCACCCGAUAACUACUUCAAAUAUGACCUCCCUUAUUUGUCCACAAUUGAACAAAAUCGGUUUGAACGCAAAGUGGAGAACCUACCAUUCUUCGUAGCCCCACUAAGCUAUCGCACACCAAAUGGUUUCGCCAAAAUACCACUACCAGCACCUCACGUUGGUAGCGUUGUAGUUAACAGUCCAACCACACCACAACCCGAUAUAAGCACACCAUCCACCAAGAAACCUUUCUUCGGCACACCUCUACCACAGAAAUACGAUCCACAGACUAACAAAUACAUUAACAUGCCUAUAACGGAGAACUAUUCCAGCCAAAAUGCUCCCGUAGCCCAAUCUACGGCUCAGCCAACAUUUACAACACACACACCUAGGCAGUACUUCACGUCACCUGAUCAACCUCAGAGGAUCCAGCAGACGUUCCCAGCUUCGCAACCGGGCACUUUCCAGUUCAGCACAUUCGAUAACGCUGCACAUCGGCCCCGAACUCAACAGAGCAAACUCAAAGUGACCUUUGCUCAAAACUCAAAUCCUCAUGUUGUCAAUGAAGAAUACUUCAGUCUGGAUAAAACCAAAGCAUCCUCCUCACAGAGCGAUUUUACCGGACCAGUUGAUAUCCGCUACGAACAGAAAAUUAAUCCACAAGUCACGCCUAACUUCAGCUUUGACUUCCGUGCUCAACCCAAAGAACCUGCUACAACUCAAGCCCCUGAAGACCUAGGACCCAUCAAGGGUCAACCAUCUCAAUCCCAAACUUCAACCAGACAAGGACAUUACAUUCUAUCUCCAGGUCCUCAAGACUACCAAACCUUUUCCAGUGGAAAUCGUUCGCCUUCUAAAACUAGCUUUGCAGCAACUGGUCCCUUUGAAUCAGUUAAGGAGAGCUACAAUGCUUAUGAUGUUCCUAAGAGGCCGUCCCUCUUAAACUAUUUCCCCUCAUCAACAACAACAACAACAACAACACCAUCCCCACAACCACCAACACCCACAACUGUAACUUACUAUAGACCAAAGUCUCCCAUUCCAGUUGAAAGUGACUUCCAAGCACCUCAGUCACAUAGAAAACCAAUUCACACCUUCAGGUUUGUGCCGACUGUUUUGGGCACAACUCCAGUACCAGAAGAUGAACAGCCAGUCAAUUACCGUGUUCAGCCUCUCCCCGAAAGAACUGUUUAUAAGUCAACUCCUACUCAAACACCACAACAAUCUACAACACGACGUCCAACAGUUGAAGAAUACUUCAUUCCAACUGAGAGAACUGUGUAUCAACAUGUCUUCCCUACCGAAAGCACAGUACCUCCAGCGUUAGAAAUUGGAGGACGACAUCAAGCUGAAGAAUACUUUUAUAGUACAACUGAAGAACCUGUGACAACUACAACUCAACCUUCAACUACACAAAACCUAUAUCAGCAGAGCUAUUCUGAACUCCCACAGAUUAACGGUAAUCUUCCGGGUUUAGUAAAUUCUCUGAUGGAUAAUGACCAAGUCACCGAAGAACCUUAUACAACAACGACAAGAAGACCAGUGCAUCGUGGAAGACGGCCUCCAGCCCCAAGAACUACAACAGCAACACAAACUUCAGAAGUAGUGACACGAAGACCAGUGCAAAGGACUAGAACACGUCCAACAAGACCCCCAAAUACGUCAACGAACACUUAUCGUACAUCAACUAUCGUAAGAAAUCCAAAUAGGGUUCGUUUCAAUUUACCAGCAGAUGAGCAAUCUGUACCUGUGAGAUCUAAGCCCAAGACUUAUUCUCAGAAAGUUAAAGAAGAACAAAAUUUAGAGUAUCAAAGAGAUGUACUGAAACAAAACUAUCCUGUAAUUAAACCUAUUCAUACAACAACUACUGAAGUAGUUAAGCCAACUGAACCAGAACCUAGAGAUCAAAUUAGAGAAAAUGCUUCUCGAGAAAAUCAGUACUAUGAUAUCAGAAGUCCUACAGAAGAAAAUCAAGUCACUUCAUCCCGAGAGGAGCAACAAGAAUACAUCUUACCAGCAAAUCACGCUCCUGGUCCUAUAAAUGAACUUCCACCUACGAUCGUAUCAACAACGGCUGAAGCUGUACUACAACAAGAAGAAGAAAGAACUGAAUUGUUCCCUGGACUUAAUGUAAAAGCUAUGCAAGUUCCUCAGGAAUAUGCUCCAAGUGCUCGAGAUGAAUAUUCACGGCAAGAAGAACCUGAAAGAGUUGUUGUAAUCAACGGAAAGCCUAGGGAUCACAAAUUCCCAGUUUACCUAUCAAGCACCGAACUACCAACUACAACCACAACAUCAGCUCCAACAACCGUAGUGUCUCGUCAUGAGUCUCAGAGAAUCAGAAGACCGUCAUUCGUUAAGCGACCUACUAGACCAAUAUAUACAACAACUAGUGCUAGGACACCUACCACAGAUGCAAAUGAGGAGAGAUACACGGCGAGAAGUAGAUUCAGGUCCGAAGGAAGAUCUGAGACUACAACUCACAGACCAGCUAAUCUUAAGCUGAGAGCACGACUGAGAAGACCAACGACUACAACAACUACAGUCCAGUACGAAGAUGACUAUGCUACCGAGGUUGCUGCAACAGAGGAGCCUAGGAAUCGUUAUAAGACCAGUAGUAGGAGUCAAUUUAGACCUAGACAAAAGUCAAGGUUUGGACUGCAGACGCAGGAAACUCAGUGGUCAACAAAACUUUCACAGAACUCUUUCCAACCAAUUGACCUCAGAGAGGAUGGAAAGGCUCUCCACGAUGACUAUGAUCCUGAAAAUGAACCAGAAAUUGUCACAGCUGGUGCUGAACCCGAAGAAGAAACCUAUGAGUUUAAAGUGACACCUGCUAGGACGCCAAACAUGAUCAAUUUCAGUGAAAAUGAGACCAACAGUAAAUCAAGAGAUGAUAGGAAUCGAGAGACUACUUUAGCUAGUUUACUAGAAGAAGUCGUUACUGAAGUAGACAAUGAUCUAGCUACAAAACAUGAAGGUCUUGAAGAUCGUAAUGAAGUACUGCCCAAGCGACCUGAAAGUGACAGUGUUUCUGAAGCUUCUUCAUCGACAACCACUCAAGCUGGAGAGCGCCCUACGAAAGGGAAACGAAAGGGAGUAUGGCGUAGAGUAAGAGUCAGACCAGUUUCAGAUGCUUUUGAAACUGCAGAGUCCAUCAACAUUGGUCGGCAGGUCUUUAACAUUCUUCCAAAUGGACAGAAAGUGCCAAUUGAGCAAACUAAAGGUGCUUAUGAGAGUCACUCCAAAAAGAAAGAUUCUGCUAUGGACGAAGUUACUUCCCCUGGUGACAUUGACUUGGGAACAGGAGCUCCCGAAGAAAGUACUGAUAUUGCCACAGACACUGUGACUGAUGCUGUAACAGAAACUAGAAUUCCCGAAGAAAUUAUUAGAGAAACAUCUCCAGUCAUGGAUUACACAGAUAUGGAUACUGAAGAAACCUACACGGCUAAAGUAGAACCCAUUGAGAUAGAGAAGACUACGCGACCAAGCUCAAUGUUUGAUGAAGUUAGGAAGAAAUUAGUAGAUCUGUUCAUGAUGCCUGAUGAUGAGGAAGAAGAAGGCCGUACUAUGAAAUAUGAAGACAGAACUAUAUUUAACGGCCUUGGGAAGACAACAACAACAACAACAACACAAGCCCCACCAAGGAGCUCUGUUACCGAAUACUCACCCUUUUCACGGGAUCCAGUGAUGGGAAAUCUCGUAAUAGCUACAUCAACAUCUACAGAAAUUAGUCACCAAACAGAAAUAUGCUUCCGCGGACGGUGUGUAAAGUCCGUUAAAACGUAAAAAACCAUAGAUUUUAGGUUUAAUUGAGGGGAUUUAGCAUUUAAGGAGUAACCAUACUUUCUCAAGCUUGCCCGGAGCGUCUUCGGGGACUUUUCACAAUAGAUAAAACAAAAACUCACAAAAACACUUUUUACAUUUUGUAAACAUCUCAACAGCUACUCCAAUACCUUAAUCUGUAUAUUUUUUUCUAUGUAAUUUUUAGGUAUUGUUAAGAAUAAAUUAAUUAUUUUUAAUUAUAUAA